AUGGCGCUAGAUGCUGUGCCUGCUGCCUCAGCAAAGAGCCCAUCUGGGCAGACAAGUGUGGACAAGAAAUCGGACAAGAAAUCGGACAGUACCAUUACAAAUACUGUAACCGAACACCCUUCGCAAAUGCCUCUAGAAAAGAAGUCAGUUGCAAAAAGUUUUGAAACGUUGACAACACUCCCGUCAUUUCAGUCACCGGAUAAAGAGGAGUUUAUCAGCCCUAAUUUAAGGGUGUCAAAGUCAGAGUCUACUUUCUACAACCAGGCCUCUGUAGAGACACUUUACGUCUCUCCCUCAUUUAAAACAUUUAACCCAGUGAAGGAGAUUCUAAGCGGUAAGGACUUUCAGAAGCCAACCCAGUCCAGCAUUAUUCAAUUGGACGAGGAAAACCUCAAGUCUGUGACCACAUGGGUUUCAACCACCUCUGAAGGAACAUCCUCCUUUUCCACUUUAUCUCUGUCACCUCCUGAUUCAGCCUCUCCAGAAAAGUCUGUUCAUCUCUUACACCCGAUUUUGGCUGGACCUUCCUUCUGGACUCUGUCCCAUCAGCAGUCUUCUGCCUCCUUUAAGGAUAAAGAUAAGAGAGCCAGGGCUCAUCACCCCUUAGCUCCUAGGGGCCUAGUGUCUUCUGAUGAAGAGGAAAAUGACAACCUCUAUCUACUGGAAUGUCUUCCAGAUAACUCUGAGUCUGCCAGGAAGCAGACAAGUCCUGCUUCUGGCCAUAAUUGGGCAGAGUUUCCCACUGCAAAUGUAGACCACUUUACCUCUCUGUCCUGUCCGAGUUUUCAGACAACUGAAGGCCUGCCGAAAGAGCCUGAGGGAAACGAUUCCAUUAAAGCUCUCCUUGGAGAGGUGAAAAAUGCCGCAGUCAAACUACAUGAAGACCUGAACGUGGUGAUACGGGAACUUCGUGUAAUCAGUAGCCAUCUGGUGAGCAUGAGGGGGAAUAGUCCACAACUAAGCAAAUCUUCACAGCUUCCCCAGUCUUCUGAGGGGACGUCGGAUCACAUCCAAUAAGCUCCAUAGCCAUUUUUGGUAGAACUCAUGUGGUUCCACUUCCCAAAGACCAGGUUGGCCUCCUAUAGAUUCUUAUAAGGUGGUGGUUUGAUUUUUCCUUGUCAGGCUUAUUAACCAAUCUCUUUCAAACCAAUAAACUCAUUUGGUUUAUUUUUUAAAGAGAAAAGGUAUCACCUUUGAUAAUAUCAGAUUUAGAUACGAACUAAGGUUCCUUUGAAGCUGAAGAGAAUUUCAUCCUUCCACGCUUUGGACUUUACCUCAAAAUAUGUUAAACAUUAGUGGAGGUUGUGGGAAGACAAACUGCAGAUGGCUAUUCUAGAGCAUUUG